CCGCCUUGUAUCCUCCGUACCUGUCUCGACCCAUCAGUCAAUCCGGAUUCCAGCGACGACGAAACCCACAACGACAGCUUCUAUGGCCUCUCUAUCAUCUUAACCCUGUGUCGAACUGGUCUCCUCCACCCCAUCCAUUUCCGGAGGACUGUCGUGGCGCGCGGGCUCCAUAGUAGUGCAAAUAUAUGUUCUUUCGUUGAGGUUUGCUAGUGCGCUGAGCGCUGCUUGCUCUUCACGAUGGGGAUUAACGGCCUAUUGCCAUUACUGAAAUCCAUUCAUAAGCCAUGCAGUCUCAAAAAGUUCGAGGGCAAGACCAUUGGGGUCGAUGCGUACGGCUGGCUUCACCGGGGGACUGUGGCCUGUUCCAUUGAGCUGGCAAUGGGCAGACCUACUAGGAAAUUUGUCGAUUUUGCAAUGCAUCGAGUUCGAAUGCUGCAGCAUUUCGGCGUAAUCCCGUUCUUGAUCUUUGACGGAGACUACCUUCCCAGCAAGGCCGCGACUGAAGCGGACCGGGCGAAGCGUCGAGAGGAGAGCAGAAAACAUGGACUGGAGCUUCUCAAGGCAGGAAAGACUUCACAAGCAUAUCUGGAGCUCCAGAAGGCUGUAGAUGUGACCCCGGAGAUGGCUCGCCAACUCAUCGACGAAUUGAAGAAGGCUGGGGUACAAUAUAUUGUUGCCCCUUACGAAGCCGAUGCCCAGAUGGUGUACUUGGAGAGAAAGGGUAUUAUACAUGGAAUUCUUUCCGAGGACUCCGAUCUCCUGGUCUUCGGGGCGAAGUGUCUUUUGACCAAAUUAGACCAGUAUGGAAACUGCAUUGAGAUCAACAAAGCGGACUUUUGCGCGUGCAGGGAGGUCAGCUUAACAGGAUGGACAGAAACAGAGUUCCGACGCAUGGCAAUCUUAAGUGGUUGUGACUACCUUGCGAGUAUCAACAACAUGGGCCUCAAAACGGCGUAUCGGAUGAUAAGAAAGCACAAGACUAUCGAGAAAGUCCUUCGCAUGUUAUCCUUCGACGGAAAAUUUCGUGUCCCAAAAGGAUAUCUCGAGGACUUUUACCGAGCCGAGCUCACUUUCCUUCACCAACGUGUCUUCUGCCCAAAGAAACUUUGUUUAGUUUUCCAUACAGAACCCGACACUCCUAUUGAUGAGGAGAGUAUGCCAUUUAUUGGCGCUUAUGUUGAACCGGAGAUCGCUCAAGGCGUUGCCAGAGGGGACCUGAACCCUAUGACCAAAUUGCCAAUUGUCGUGGACCAGACCGAUAAGAUGGCUUCACCGAACACACCAUGGGCCGCUUCUAAAGCACGAUCCCAACGAUCAAACUCUUCUAAUGAUUUGAAGAAAGGCAAGCCAAUCGAUACGUUCUUCAAGCCAAAGCGCGUGCCUCUUGCUGAACUCGAUAUAAACUGUUUCACGCCUUCUCCCGCUCAGCAAGAAGCUCUGCGCCGCAAUUCCGGGCCUUGGCUGGCUACUCCGACUCCUCGACCAUAUCUCAACCGAGAUAUCACAGAAACUGGACAAUUACCUCAAUCUGUCCCUGCACCAGCCCGAAGUUCUGGGCGAGACCACAUUCGGGUGCCAAGUAUCUCGGAACCCCGCCCUCCCAAGCGAGCUCGGCUUUGCGAAGAGGCCAAUAUUGAUUCACCCAGUUCAAGUCUCACUGCUGAACUCGGUCGAAGUCGAUUCUUCAAACCGGCUGCUGCUGAGCCAAGUCCUACUUCGGGCAAAAUUCUUGGCAGGCUUUCGAACAAGAAGAAGAAGGACGUUGAGAUCUUCUCGGAUAAUUCGAUCGAGGAGGCGCUGCUGAGCUUGCCGGAUUUUGACGGCUUCACCAACAAAGGGUCAAAGGCUGGUAGUAAAAUCUCCAUUUUCAAGGAGGAUGUCAAGGUUGGCGUCGGCUUGAACGAAGAUGCCCCCUCAAUCCCCGUCCCCACGGCUACCGAUGAGCUUUCGAACUCUCGGGGUAGCACUUUCAAAUCCACACCUCUGCCUACCAUCCGCUCCCCACAGCCAACUCCCACGCCGGUUGAAGUCGCCCCCCUACCAAUCGCUGCCAAUAAACUCAGAGAGAGGUUCUCCUUUACCCCUACCAGUACACCUACCCCGAAGCCGAAUGUUAAUGUUAAUACUCAAGGCUACUUGCCUUCACCAAUGUCGUCAGCUAUAUCAAGAAAAUCCAAAAUUCCACUUGCCGUGAAAUCCAACACUCCAGCCCCCAAAGGAUUGGCGGUCUCUUCCAAGACCGGACUGACCCCACUGCAACGUCUCGGGGCCACUGCAACCAACCGAUCGAAACUGCCCAUGACCCCUCCUUUGACACCGACUCUUGCUUCCAAGACCGGUCCUGCUCGUCGUUCAUUGCUUUCAAAGGGAGAUGUACCAUUUCCGGAAGUCAGGAGAGAGACAAAGAAAGACAACGCUGUUGAACCCGCUUCAAUACCCUUGCCCAUGGCGGAUGAGACGGAAAACUUGAUGCUUUCAACCCAGAACGGCAGCGAGGAUAUGAUCAUCCCUGACAGUGAGAGCGAGGGAGAAGAAGACUUAGCCCCUGAUGCCGGAGAGGCGGUGCCUUGCAUCGACUUUGGAAGGUUCGCGUACGCUGCUGCACAGAGAUAAAGCAGCACUAAUGAUUAUAAUAACGGGAUGGAGAAUGGAGUUGAAAGGAAAUGGGAAUGGGAAUGCUGUUGCUUUAGUCUCCUUUUAUCUGUAUGGAUCAGGAGGCGUUUUAAAUUGGUGUUUGGAGUAAGGAAGAAGGACGGAAGAGAUUGACGAUACCACUAAUUAAUUCCCGUAUUGAAGUCGGUAGUUCUUAGUGUUCCGUUCCCACUCCUAUUGUCCCUCGAG